AUGACGGAAGGAAUGAAGGCGCCCAAGAACGGAUCCUUCCGCUUCGGGCACGGCCCGUCGGAGCGGCUGCCUCAGUCACCUGAGGCGGGCGGGCAAAGGCCGCCGGAAGGAAACGACCGGCCCAAGGCCACCCCGCCUUACGACCGACAUAGCCGAGGUCCAUGGCCGUUGCUGGGCGCUCACUACCGGGGUAAGGAGAAGAGGGCACAGUUGAAGCGGGCGAGGUGGAAUUUUGGACGGGCCGCUCCCGCGCGAGAGGGGAGGAAAAGGUUGACGGCGGGUCGGUGGAGCGAGGGAAUCACGUUGGUUGGAGACGGGGUGGAUCUGCGGAUCGAGCGAUGGUUCGACAAGGAGACCGAACGGGCCGAGGCGGCUUUGGGGGAUUCCCACCGGUGGGUAGGACUGCGCUCCCGGCCCCCCGAAAGAAGAGCCGUGGGGCAGACGCCACCGCUCCGGUUCGUGCAUCUUCUUAGGAACGUUAAUAAGCAGAGGAUCACAUUUCAGCACUUCAGCUUCCUCAAACGCGUGUACGUGACCCAGAUGAAUAAAGACCUCAGCCAACGAGCAAAACCCAAGCCGGAACCGGCGACCGCCCCUUUCCUGGAGAAGACCCCUCCGGGACGAUCCAAAACGGUCCUCCACGAGCUCGGGCCGGUUUCGCCGCUCUACCCGCCCGUGUCCGAAACGCCGGCCGCAGAGGAAGCGAGAGGAUUAAAGGCGGAUGCGUCGGCGGAAACGGGGCAGACCGCCGAGGAGGAGAAGCAGUGGAAGGAGAUGAGGCUCCGGCCGGAUGACUUACCGGGAAUCCUAGCCCGCUUGUCCAAAAUCAAACUCACAGCGCUGGUUGUGAGCACGGCCUCGGCUGGAUUCGCCCUGGCUCCGGUCCCCUUUGACCUGACGUGUUUUGUCCUCGCCUCCGUGGGAACGGGCCUCGCGUCUUGCGCCGCCAACUCCGUGAACCAGUUCUUUGAGGUGCCAUUUGACUCGAACAUGAACAGAACAAAGAACAGACCUUUGGUUCGGGGGCAAAUCAGCCCCCUGGUCGCGGUUUCCUUCGCCGCCUGCUGCGCCGUGCCCGGCAUCGCCCUGCUCACCUUGGCGGUCAACCCGCUGACCGGCGCCCUGGGAGCCUUCAACAUCUUCCUGUACACCUGCUGCUACACUCCCCUGAAGAGGAUCAGCAUCGCCAACACCUGGGUGGGCGCUCUGGUGGGAGCCAUCCCCCCCGUCAUGGGCUGGACGGCAGCCACGGGCAGCCUGGACGCGGGUGCGCUGCUGCUGGGUGGCAUCCUCUACUCCUGGCAGUUCCCCCACUUCAACGCCCUGAGCUGGGGCCUGCGGGAAGACUACUCGCGCGGAGGGUACCGCAUGAUGUCCGUGACCCACCCUGCCCUCUGCCGCCGCGUGGCUCUGCGCCACUGCCUGGCCCUGACGGGCCUCUCGGCCGCGGCCCCCGCCCUGGGCGUCACCACCUGGACCUUCCCCGUCGUCGCCCUCCCCAUCAAUGCCUACAUCGCCUACCUCGGCUUCCAGUUCUACCGGCGGGCGGACCGCGGCAGCUCCCGCAGGCUCUUCUUCUGCAGCCUCUGGCACCUGCCCCUCUUCCUGCUCCUCAUGCUCACGUGCAAGAAGGGUCCGGCCCAGCCGGAGCCCACCCGCUGACCGGGGGCCCGGGCCGGGCCGGGGGAGGAGGACAGCGCCCGCCCUUCGGAGGCAGUUGACCUGCAGACGUGCUCCUGUGCGCUUAGGGAGCCAGGACCGGUCCUCUCAUCCUUCUUACCAGCCCAGCCCGCGGAACCGGGAAGGAAGAAAGAACCUAUUCUAUUGCCGUCUGGCGGGGGGAAUCCAGCAGCCUGGCUAGAGCUGCCAUGGGAUUCACUCCCUCUCUCUCUUUCCCACUUUCACACACACACUGGGAUUCACUCAUUCUCUCUCCCUCUUUCCCACUUUC